GUUCUUCAAACCAUCUCAGGUAUUUUCAUAUGGAAAAUGUAUAUUUAUUUUGCAAUGCUAAUCGAAAUAGCCUUUAUUUAUUAGUGCGUCCAAAUAGAAGAGGAACAUAAGUCUUUUAACCCAUUUCCUUUAUCAAAGUUAUUCAUUAUUUUUGGUCUUACAGAGUAUGAAACCAUGGACACAAAUGCUGUUUUUCUACUUGGCACAUGGCUUAAAGUUGAUUUUACAAGAUUUCAUUUGUAUCAUAACUAAGACAUAACUGACCCAUACAUACCUUUGUGUUUGCUACUAAAACAUACUAAGCAUUUCUUCAGAAGAUUUUGCAGUCUGAGUUGCUUCUUCCUUUGCAUAAUGUUCUUCUGCUGCAUUGAUGUUUGGCUGGUCAAACCGUAGUCAUCAUCAUCAUCAUCGCUAUCAUAACAGUUCAGUCGCGCACUUGCAGGAAACCGCCUCGCCUGUCUCCUUGACACACCCUUAGCUAUUGUUGGCACAGUAUGCGCGCGACAACCUUGAAAUUCCCACACGCGCGUUCAGUUGCACGGUGAAAUCUUGUACUACGUGGAUGCAUUAUUCUUCUCAGGAAAAAAAGGAAAGAAGGACAAGCCAUUUAUGCGGAUAAAGGAAGAUGCACAAACGCCGAGCAGAGUGCAGGUAAACACGGGCACGGCCAUCGCGCAUCCCCUAUAGAUGCCCACACUACCGCACAUCACACACUACGCACAGACACACUCCGCUCAUCAACUUGUAAUGAGAGAUCGCUGCUCAAAGCCGUGCAUUUUUCCUGGAAACGGCGAGGAAAGUACUCUUUAUGUGAGAGAUGACUGAGUGAGUUGCGCGGAUGUUGGAGACAUGGAGAAACGGGCUCUUGUAACGGCGAUCAGCUUGUCCAUGAGCCUGCUCGCGCUCACGCUGCUGGUCACGGCGAUCUUUACCGACCACUGGUACGAAACCGACACCAGGAGCCACAAGGAGAACUGCGACCAAUACGGGUCGGAGUCCAACGACCAGAAGAACAGGGAGAUGCCCAUCUAUCACCUGCCUUUGGUGGACAGUGGGGACGCGAAGCGCAACCUGGCUCUCAUGAAGCCCAUCCACGUAGGGAGUCGAGAGGAGGAACUGCUGGAGAACUGGAGAGCGAUUUUGGGCAUGGGCAUUUUGGAGACGGAGUGCGGGCGCCCGCUGUUCUCCACCUACUCUGGACUUUGGAGGAAAUGCUACUUCCAGGGAAUGGACAGGGAUAUUGACAAACUAAUUUCUAAGGGUAUUGCAGACCGAUGCACAUCUGUCAAGUACCAUUUCUCCCAACCCAUUAGACUCAGGAACAUCCCUCUCAACCUGACAAGGACCAUACAGCAGGACGAGUGGCACCUCUUACAUCUGAGACGCAUUACAGCGGGGUUCUUGGGCAUGGCUGCUGCCGUGAUGCUGUGUGGUAGCAUUGUGGCCGCCGUGGGGUUUUUCUGGGAGGAGAGCCUCACCCAGCAUGUGUCUGGACUCCUGUUCCUUAUGGCAGGAAUCUUUUGCACAAUCUCACUGUGUACCUACGCGGCCAGUGUCUCGUACGACUUAUCCAGGAACCCUCCCUUCAUCUACGGUCUGCCCAGUGAUGUAGACCACGGGUACGGGUGGUCCAUCUUCUGUGCAUGGGUCAGUCUGGGCCUAACAGUGGCGUCAGGUUGCAUCUGUACAACUUAUCCCUUCCUGAGCCGCUCAAAGGCUCUUCGCUCCAAAACAGCAAGGGAAUCGUCUGUAUGAGCGCGGCCUUGAGGACUCAGCACGACAUUAAUCAGCACUUGGCGCUUUAGUAAAACGGGUUCAAGUGGGACUUCAUGCUGUAUGGAGCCGUUUUGAAUGUCUUGUAGAUUUCUGAUACUUUUGUUGGGCUCAUGAGAUGUAUUGGUGUUAUACCUAAUUGGUGUUAAGACAAGACUGUUGCAUUUUCUGUGUCUUCAACACACAUUUGCUUACAAAUCACACACACACACA